CUUUCCUGCUCUCAGUCUCCUCUCCUGCUGCUCCAUUCUCUUAUCCCUCCUUCCCACUCUCUGAUUUCCCUCCUCCUCUCUGCCUCUCCUUCUCUUCCUCUUACACGCGGACGCACAAUCUUUCCCCCCCCCGCGCUCUCCUUCCGCAGUCUCCCUCUCCCGGUAUCCGGCAGCCUCUGUGACGAGCAGCCUCCCUCGCCCGUGGAUCCCUUCACUUGAGUAAUUAGCCUUGAAGUGCUGUUGAAGAUCAUCAUAUUUAGCUCGGCGACCCAGCGGCGGAGUGCAGACAGAUAUAGACUAGGCUGGCUGGAGGCAGGGUGCCUGGCAGCGGGCACGCUCUCUAUCUCUCCCCAUUCACACUCGGCGCCGGGGGCUUCUCGGUGACGGCGCGGCGGAAGUGAGGGGUGGCGUUGCUUGGAAAGAGGCGAGGAGGGGAAGCGAGAACGACGCGGGGCUGGAAGCGCGGCGCACACACACGCACACACACACACACACACGCAGGAUGAGAGUCCGCGGCGGCAGCACAUCGUCCUAGAGACGGAGACGCGCACGGAGAACCGGCAGCAUCCGUCGCUCGCAGCCCGCACAGAUUUAAGAUGAUGGACAGCCGGCUUUCGGCUCCGAGGAGGGUGACGAGGAGUCUCCCUGCGGAGCGGAGCCAGCAGAAAACCAGCACCUACAUCGUGCCCUGCUUCCUCUUUGUGGAGCUGGUCAUCAUGGCAGGGACCGUUCUGUUGGCGUACUACUUUGAAUACACGGACACCUUCCCCGUGCACAUCCAGGGCUUCUUCUGCUUCGACAAAGCCUACUCCAAGCCAUAUCCAGGACCGGAGGACAACAGCAAGGCACCGCCCGUCCUCGUCUACUCCCUCGUCACCGCCAUCCCCACCGUGACAAUCCUGAUCGGGGAAGUGACCAGCUUCUUUGUGAAGACGGAGGGGGCUCAGGAGAAGACCAUCGUGACCGCUGACUGCUGUUACUUCAACCCCCUCCUUCGCAGGAUCGUUCGAUUUCUGGGCGUCUACUCCUUCGGCCUCUUCACCACCACCAUCUUCGCCAACGCCGGUCAGGUGGUGACGGGGAACCAGACGCCCCACUUCCUGUCGGCCUGCAAGCCCAACUACACGGCUCUGGGGUGCCAGUCCCCGCUGCAGUACAUAGCGGAGCGCCGGGCCUGCACGGGGAACCCCUACCUGGUGGCGUCCGCCCGCAAAUCCUUCCCCUCCAAGGACGCAGCGCUCAGCUUUUACUCAGCCGUCUACACGGUGAUGUACGUGACUCUGGUGUUCAGGACCAAAGGCACGCGUCUGACCAAGCCCACGCUGUGCCUGCUCCUCCUGUCUCUGGCCGUGCUGGUGGGGGUGGUGAGGGUGACGGAGCACAGGAGCCACUGGAACGACGUCCUGGCCGGGUUCGUCACCGGAGGAGCCAUUGCUGCGUUCCUGGUGUCGUGUGUGAUUAACAACUUCAAGCCGGCUCAGAGGGCGUCGCCGCCGCCGCCGCCUCCUCCUCCUCCGCCUCCACAGCGCCCGGACCCCUUCGCCGGCGUCCCCCUCCUCAGCUUGCCUCGCGUAGAGAGUCCACUCGAAAAGCUUCAGGGCUACCGUAUUCUGAGAUCACAUGACCAUCAGCCAAUCCCGCCCCCCACCCCUCCCGAUGUGCUCCUUCCCUCGCGGCGGUGCCUCACCAGCGCAGUCUAGACCUGCCCUCCGAGUGCCCCCUGCCGUGCCCCGCCCACCCCGAAGGCCGACAUCCUCUCCGCCGAGUCAAAUCCACGCAGGUGUGAAGGUCCACCCGUCCCGGGCGUGCGAGCGGAGGCCUCGCCAAAGCCAGAGCUGCUGAAGCAAUACUGUGUUUUUUUUCCUAUGACCUUUUUAACACAAAAAAACCCAACGAUGACUUUAAACACUGCUGGUUGGUGACGCGUUGAUCGAAGACUUGAGCGCGAAACUGAGGGUCGGGGGCGGAAGAGAAUCCCAGUUACAAGUGGAUCAUCCUCAGGACACUCAGGACAAUAAAUGGAAAACACACACACACACACACAGAACAACAUUAAAUAACAGAGACUUUUAUGUAAUCAAAAUGCAGGUCUAGUAUUAGAGUAGAGAUUUUUUCCUGUUCAUAAAAACAAAGUGCUCAUAAAUGGGAAGGCACUUUUGUAAAUGAUGGCACAGAUGAACCCAUGCGCAGUGAAUUGUGUUGUACAUUGUGUGUUUUGGGGGGCGUGGGUUUAAUAUCUUGUGUUGUGAGACGUGAUAGACGAGCGAUUUCUACACUCUAGAGUUGUGCUUGUGACCCCUCGAUUCAUCAGCGCCCUGAACUGCGGCGGGUUCAAAGGGCCCGUUUGUCUGCUGAGAGCUCAGGCGUGCGUUCACAUGUCUGCAGGUUCUGCCCAUGCGGUGAAGUAUUACUUUUAUUAUUUGAGUCACAGCGUGGAGGUCUCCGUCGUGUCAAAAUGAAUGAGCGGCGCUUACAUGAAUUUGCUGUUGUUUACGCAUCUGUCACAUGCAUUUUUCCAAAGUUAACCUGCUUCUGUCGCUAUCAUUCCCUCACAUCGACUCUAAAUCCGGUGGCACAGGCCAGAGUCGCACACAGAGGGGUGACGUCUCUGGGUUUUGUAUAGUUUUGUACAGUAAAUAGGUUUCUUUACACAAUAUAUACAACAUUAUCAUUCUGUUUAGCUCGUGCGCACAGCGUGAAGCGACCUGCUGCUGUCUAGUAGGAAGGAGUGUGUGUGUGUGUGUGUGUGUGUGUGUGUGUGUGUGUGUGUGUGUGUGUGUGUGUGUGUGUGUGUGAGAGAGAAACGGCUCUGAGUCACUACUAGCGUUGGUUCUGCUCACUUUCGAAAGACAGCGCGGGCAGCUUAUAUAAUGAGUCCUGUGAAGAUGGUUUUAUUAAGUGUGCGUAUGUGUGUGCUUUUCGAGGGGUACGUUUAUAAUGAGCACAUGGUUUGGCAGAAUCACUGUUAAUCGGUUUCCUACGUUAAACUGUCAGAGGUAGCUGCUAUAAUUACACACUUGUGCUUAUGUGUAACUGCAGGCCUUCAGAGGAGCCCUGCUGAGGCGUCGCCACGCCUGCUUUAGCAGAAGGUGCUCAUUAUAGCUCUUACUUUAUAUAGGAAAACUUCUCAGUCCGAUUUUUUUGUAAACAACUGAAGGGGUAGAGAAAACCGUAACUGUCUCAAUAGCGUUAUUUUCGUGUUCAAAUGUCUCUGUUUUGUAUUUAUUUACCAAAUAAACUGCAAUGAUCACACA